AGAAAAUUCACUAUGGUCAUGACAUGUUCUUCUUCUCCUCGACCACAACACUUGGUCUUCCUCUUCUCGUUCGUCCCAUUUCUCAGCUUAGCAGAACCAGUCACCAUAAAAAUUGACAGUUCUAUAAGGAACCUCCCUUCAAACGCAACAUGUUUAUCCCAACAAAGCAACUUCUCCGGAUCUUUAUUCUCCAACAACCUUAACCGUCUUGUCUCUUCAAUCCCUUCUCGCCAACCCAACACCUACAACUUCUACAGCUUCUUGGUCGGAGAUCAAGAACGAGUAGAAGCCAUAGGACUCUGCAACAGAGUACUCACACGAGUAGACUGUCUCAACUGUAUCUCCCAAGCUGCAGUAAACCUAACUACAACUUACUGUCCACAACAUAGAGAAGCUUACGUGCGUGCCACGAAAUGUAUGUUUCGUUACUCUGACAAACCUAUUGUAGGGAAACUCGAAAGGGUCCCUGUCUUGGAGGCACCUAGCCAUAACAACGCAACGGGGGAUAGAGACGAGUUUAUUCGGUUCCAGAACGAGUUACUUAACCGACUCAGACAAGAAGCUGCAGCAGGUGGAGCUAAGAGAAAGUAUGCUCAAGGAAACGGUACUGGUCCACAACUUAACACGACAUUCUUCGCUUCCGUGCAGUGCACGCCAGAUUUGUAUGAGAAAGAUUGCAACAACUGUCUCAACUAUGACUUGAGAUUGUAUCGUCUCGAGAGCGAGUAUGAGUCUGAUCUACCAAGAAAGCCAAGACGAGAACAGAGUAAAAGAAGAAGAGUACUUGCAUUAGUUACUCUUGUGUUUAUCAAACUUUGUUAUAAGAAACAGAGUACUCUUUAUAUAAUAAGCUUAUCGACCUUUGUAUUGAAAAAAAAAUUUGGUAACCUUAAGAAUAAAAUCUGAAAGCAAGUUUUACUU